AUGCUCGAGCCGCCAAAAGCACGGACGCUGCGCUUGGAGCUGCAGGCGGUGCACGCCGAGGCGAACGAGCUCGUCGAGCGCUUCUCCGUCAAGCGUUGGCAAGAGCUUCUGCAGCUGCACCAAACAAUCAUGGCCCACGACGCGUUUCGCUUGAUUCCGCUCUCUGGCCACGACCGAGGACUCUACGAGACGCUGCACCGGUCCUUCCCCCGCGACAUGGUCACGAAGGCGCGACUCCUUGGCGUUUUCCGUGGCAUUUACGGUCUCGAGUGCGGCGCGGACCUGGACAAGCCAAAGCGCCUCUUGCUCAAGCAGCUCGAACGACUGCACUACUGGUGCGAGAACUCGACGUCCAAGAUCCCCACGUCGCACUCGAUGAGCACACUUGUGCUCAACUGGCGCCUCCUCCUCUGCGCGUUUCGCGCCUUGCGGUACCCCGCGCAGAGCGAAGAGGACCUCUUUCGCUGGUGCUUCCUCGUCUUUAGCUCGUCCGGGUACCUUGACGAGUCUCCGCAGGCCACCAUCUCCCGCCAGCAACUGUACGAGAUCUUCAACAUGCUCAGCCCCAACCACGCGUGCUCGCGCAUCCUCAACCAACGGAUUGCACAAGCCGACAAUUUGCUACCCGUGUCGGUGCUCGUGCGCGAUACCAUUCGUUUCCAGCACAUCCAGAGUCUCAUGGCGCAGCCGCCGCUACAAGAGCUCUUUGCCCCGGCGUCUAAAGCAACGCACUUCUUCCACGAGCUCACGAGUCCGUGCAUCCGCGAGUACUUGUAUCUCGCGCGAAAAGAUGCCCAGGACAAGGCCACGUGCCAGCGGUUCCUGCUCCAAUACAAACGUCGCAGCUUGCGCAAAUGCAUGCGCGAGUGGUUGCUGUACGUGGACGCGCGCCGCCGUGCCCGACAAACGGCCAUUCGCUGCCUCUUGCAUCUCUCGACGUACAAGCAAGCCAACGCGUUUGAGAAUCUAAGGGAGCACGCGUUGCAAGACGUCGCCGCGUCCGAAAUCCAGCGUGUCUACCGAGGGCUGCGGGGGCGCAAACUCUUUGUCUCCGUCCUCGCCACGUAUGAAGCGGCCAUCAGCAUUCAGCGCAUCUAUCGGCAGCGCGGUGACUUUCUCAAGUACCUCAAACGUCUGCAAAUGCAGAGUCGGUUUGCCAUCAAAAUUCAGCGUGUCUUUCGUGGCUGGCGAGGCCGCGUUCUUGCGCGGAAGGUGCUCCUCGCGUACUUCCAAGCCGAGAUGGCCAAGAUCCAAGCCGACCGAGCAGCUUUUCACGCAACGAUCCGCGACCACGCCGCGCGACAGCUUCAACGCUUCUGCCGCAAAUGCCACCGCCACGUCCAAGAAAAGAAGGCCGACGAUAACUCGCGCGAGAAUCGCCGCGUCGAACUCGAGAUGCAAGCACUUUUGGACGCGGCGUCGCGGCAGAAGCAAGACCACAAGCGCGCGGUGACCGAGUACUACGACACACUGCGCGAACAGACGCACGCGGCUGAAGCGCGGCGCAAGAUCGACGACAAAGAAAAGCAAAAGGUGACGCUGCUCCGUCGGCGGCGCGAGUGGGAAGACAUCUUCCGUCGACGCGACGAGAAGGCCGCGGCCAAAGCGCGCGAGAAAACCGAGAAAUGGACGCAAUUCCAAGCCGAUUGGAGCGCCAAGGUCGAGAGCCGCGCGAACCUCGUCCGCGCAGAGCUCCAAGAACUCUUGCUCCGACCGACGUCCAAGGAGCAGGACGCGAUCAAGGCCGACCUCGAUCGCCGGACGACCCAACACUUCAAGGCACAACGAUGUGCCACGACUCGGUGCUACCGCCACCACGACUCGUCCGAGAUCCGCGAGCGAGCGCAGCACACUGUGCUCGAAGAAGACAUGGAGGCCGAGCGCGAUCGCGUCCGCCACGAAUGGACACUGGCUGCGGCCGCGUACAAGCAGCGGGAGCAGGACGACGCCGACCGCGAGCGGAAAGCCGAGCUGCAAGCCGACGCGGACCGCACGUUUGCCGCCGCGACACGUAUCCAGCGCGGCGCCAAAGUGUGUUUGGCGCGGCGUCUCCUUUGCCGCAAGGUCGAGGCCAUCUUUGUAAAGGAGUACGACGUGCCAAGUGGUCAAGUUGUCUACCGGAAUCUGCGCACGGGAACGUUGUGUCCGAAACCCACGUGCUUGGGCUCCAAGGACAUCCCGCUUCUCGACAAGUGGUACAUUGUGCCCGACAUCACCGGCGACGUGUACUAUUACAACGCCAAGCAAAUGCGACAGUCGUGGUCCAAGCCAGAGCAGUGCAUCUUUUGCGAGCUCUGCUACGCGCGCUUUGCGUCUUUCUACUGCCCCCAGCAUCGAAAAGGGUCGUACGCCGACCCGAUCUACGCGUGCGAAGAGUGCUUUACCGAGAAGGCGCCAUGCGACGCUGGUCGCUGA